AUGCAGUCAUUGUAUCCAAAGGAUCGUAUAAUACAUAUUUUGACGUGGUGUUGUAAGGAAGACACCCAAUAUAUGUUUGUAUUAUUUGCAUUAUCAGCUGGACUACUCAAACUAGAGCCUCAAGUACGUCAGCUUCGGUCCCUUGUGGCGACUCAGUCCUCGCGAAACAUAUCAUACGAUUAUCAGCUAUUUCUUGCAAUAUCUUAUGCAUGUUCCGUUAUAUCCGCUUUGCUUUACACCUUCAAUGACACGAUUGCAAAGCAAUAUCUAACACGCUACCCUGUAGCAGUAGCAGCUGCUACCGAAUCACCACUGCGUUGGUCAGUUCCGGUCUCUUACCUAAUACUUGUGGUUGAUAUGCUUGGUCUUGUACUCUCGUUUUGUAUAACGCGACGUCUUCUCAAAACAGAACAUCAUAAUACACAACAAGGGAUAAGUACAAUAGCAAAAUGUAUCAUAUUCAUAAUUACAGUUUUUGGUGUCUACAUGUCAUAUCUUGUUUAUAAUAACAGAAGUGCCCUUUUCUGGCUUGAUGUUAUCGAUUACAUUUGGCUAAUCGGUGUUAGUCUUGCUCCCGUUAGUCUCUUCCCACAACUUGUUAUGCAUUGGUAUGUCGAUUCUACUAGCCCUGGGCUCCCAGUAACGUACUUGCGCCUGCAUUCAAUAUCUCUUGCCUUCCUCAUUAUGUCCAAAGUUGCAAUUAGAACUGCAAAUGUCCCCUACUACCUCAUGCCUACCAAUUUAGGCGACACUUUCUACUACAUAAGCGUACAAGCUACUUUAUUAGUGGUGCUUACAUUUCAACGUAUCAUAUACAGUAGAGCAAGGGCAUCUUACAUAGCUCCACUCAACGCCAAACCAUAG